AUUGACGAGUGUUCCGCUGGUACUCAUGACUGCGACCCGAACGCACGAUGCACAGACACAGACGAAUCGUACAUUUGCACGUGCAACAGCGGUUUCCUUGACAAAUCUCCCGAUCAGACAAAGAAGCCUGGACGAGUCUGUACACAACUUCGCAACGAAUGCGAGGAGAAGAGCCACAACUGUUCGGUAAACGCCGACUGCAUUCGAUCUAGCCGAUGGUUUCCUCUGCAGGAAUUUUUGCCGAUAUACGUGACGCAUACAAAAUGGGCAGUGACAAAGAGGGCUAGUGGACAUGACGAGCGUGAGGAUAUUCCGGACGUGUUGUCGGCAAAGGCGAAUCAACUCUGUGAAUCUGGACGUCAUGACUGCGACAAGAAUGCCCAGUGCAUCGAACGUGGCGCCAACGACUACGAAUGUGUCUGUAAGGCCGGAUUCUCGAUCGCAGUCCACUGCCCCAUCGGA